AUGAGUGACACGAGCCCCGCGCCCCUCACAUCAGGGCGCGCGACGUGGGCAGAUCGCGACGCGGGUCGGGGGCGUGAUAUACAGGUGGGUUCGAUGGGAGAUCAAAGCCGGGCAUCGGAGCCCGCCGCGCGAUCGGACGCGCGCGACUCGGCGAAGACGAACGGUUCAGAAGCGAGCUUCGAAGACAACGCAACUCGCCACGUGACUCGGAGGGGCGCCCGUCGAUGCCUCCUGACCGCCAGCCUCGUCGCUUGCCUCGUCGCGCUCCUCAUCGUACCUGUUCCGGUCAUCGCCGCGUCGUCGCCCAAGACCCGGCGCUGGGCGGAUCCCAACGAGGUCAAGGCGGGCGAGGCGAGCGAGACCCAGCGCGAGGAGAUCCGAUCCUUCUUCAGCUCGCUCGACGCUGACGGCGACGGCCAGGUCCGCGGCGACGAGCUCGGCGCGUACGUGGCGUCCAGCGUCGGCGGAAAGGACUUCGACACCGACGUCGAGGUCGCGGACGCCGUGCGCGCGGUGCAAGAGCGCAUCGACGGGCAGGACACCGGCGACGCCAUCGACGCCGAGGAGCUCAUGGUGUCGCUGACCAGCACCAAGAACCAGAUGCUGCGACCGCACAAAGUCGCGCGGUGGGUCCGUCACGGCCUCAACUUUCCCCAGUACGCCGAGCGCUUCAUGUCGCACGGCAUCACGCUGCUGGACUUUCCCGCCCUCCUGGCCGACGACGGCGCCGCGCUGAGAGAGGAACUGGGCGUCGAGAGCGCGCUGCACCGAGCCCAGCUCACCCGCGCGCUGAAGCGGCAGCUCCUGCAGCUCGGUCGAUCGCCCGGCGAACCCACGGACGUCCGAGCCGCCGUCGUCGCCGAGGACGUCGUCGUCGUCAAGUGGAGGCCGCCCCGACAGCACGGCCACCCGCCGGUUCACGCGUACGCGGUGCAGGUGAGGGAACCGGGUUCUCACGAGUGGCGCGUAUGCGGCGGGGCGACGCACGAGGACGAGGACGACGAGGUACACAGCGCCAAGGCGUUCGUGACGCCGACGAGGGAGAUGGCGGCGGCUGCCUUGGCGGCCGGGGUCGGAAACGGUCGGAACGUGCCGCUGAGGUUCAGGGUUGUCGCGUGGGGAGGGCACGGCGGGGGAGUGAGCGAUGAAUCCGCGUCGGUGGAGAUGAAACCGCUGCGAAGAUCGUACAAGAGGGAAGGAGUUCGCGCGGGUGGAGGCCAGGUGGAGAGCGACUCGAUCACCGCCGGGAACACCGUCGUCACGGGUUCGAACCCGCGGGUUCGAACCGCCACGGGUUCGAACCGCUCCACCUUGCUCGGAAGUUUGUACAGCGCCCUCGGAACUUUCCUCAUCGCCGCGGGUAUCGCCACCAGGUUCGCUCUCAACGGCGCAUCCUUUGUCGCGACGAGGGGGGUUCAGUUUUUGCUGAGGCGCCCAAAGUCGCACCGCGAGAACGCCGCCGCGGAUUCAGGAGCACGCGAGCCCCCGCCGCGCACGGAUGAGGCGACGGCCAACGGCGACGAGGACCGCGCGUCCCCGCCGCCGCCGGGUCUCGCGGGGCCUCAGCCCCGGUACGACCGCGCGAGGGUCCUGGAGUCGGCGAUGGCGGCGGCGGUGGCGGCGGGGGUGGCGGACGCGUCCGACGAGGCGAUCCUGUCCUCUCCGUCGGUAGCGGCGGUGAACGGGGCGGUGGUCGGGUCCAACUCGGCGAACGGUUCGUUUUACGCGAGCGACGACGACGACGACGACGACGACACAGCUGGCGACAUCGACGUCGCGCCCGUGGUCUGCGGGUUGUCGAGCGAGCCCAAGAAGAAGGGUCGGUGCUGCGUCGUGGGUUGUAACGCGAGGUGGGACCGGUGGAGCUCCAUGGGCGACUUCCGCAUGAUGUACCAGAAGCACUACUGCGGAUUGUGCCAGCGCGCGUACUGCCAGGCGCACACGCGGGUCAGCCCGCACGGGACGAAGGGAAGGUGCGACCCCGAGAGCAAGUGCUACUGCGCGGUGUGCUGGGACGAUUUGAACGCGGCGACGAGGGAGGCGCUCGAGGCGACGAACAGGCUGCCGAGGCGGGAGCCGACGAGCGGGAGCGCGACGCCGGACGCGAGGAAGCGGGCGAAGACGAGGUGGCGCUCGGUGCUGAACUACAAGCUUCGAACGCCGUCCAGGGCGGAGAACUUGAACCUCAUGGACGAGGAUGUCGAGUGA